UAUUGUUUUCUAAUUGGCGCCUUAUCAACAAUGUUGCACAUUAUGAUUGUUUUAAAUACUUAUCCUAUGAUAUUGAUGGGCCAAUGAUUUGAGCCAAACCAGAGCCCACCACUCUAAUAGAUCUCCUAUAAUUUGCAACUCCGAUAAACCCUAAUUAAUCUUUCUCCGUCUCCGAUCAUCUUCUCCAUGACUUCCUUGGCCGGCAAAUACUCUGAGGCAAAGACAUGCGUGUUCUGGGACAUGGAGGAUUGUCCGAUCCCCAACGGUCUGAAUCCUGAAUCUGUCUAUCGGAAUAUCAGAACCGCUCUUGCGAGUAAGGGUUAUCGUGGUGAGGUGACAAUCUGGGCUUACGGUGACAAGAAUCAGAUCCCAGGUUACUUUGAAUCCGCUGGAAUAAAGCUCGAACGUGCAGGUGAUAAAUAUGCGAGAGUUGAAACAAUGAUAAGGGGAAUUUGGUGCUGGUUAAUGGACAAUAGCGAAAACGGAUCGUCGAAUCUGCUGGUUAUCUCAGGAGACAACAUGGAUUUCGCGUCUUCUCUUAGAGAUUGGAAAGCCAUGGGUGAUAAUGUUCUCUUAGCAGAACCUGUAAACGGACCAAGAAGAUGUUGUAGGACGGUUUUGGACGCACUUAUCAUCGAUGGUGGUGCAGAAUGGCUUUGGGAAAGCCUUGCAGCUGCAGGAGAUCUCUAAUCGAUGAUGCGGGAAUGGAACAAGGUUUUGAAGCUGUGAGGACACUCGACACAAAUAUGGUCCAACAUUGUUAGUAUUCGUCUUUGCUAGUAAGGUUAUAUUGUAAGCUGAAGAUUAAUUUUAAAUUGUGAUUAAUCCCCUUUUAUUUUGACAAAAUUGCUGUUUUGCCUCUUAACUUGUGAAUGUAUGUACUAUGUACUAAACUAAUCACCUUGUCGGUGUUACUUAUUCAGUAUAUCUAUCUUGUUUUCUAUAGAAACAGUAAAAAAU